AUGAAGCUCCUUUUUCCUAUCUUUGCCAUCCUCAUGCUUCAGUACCAGGUGAAUACAGAAUUUUUUGGUCUGAGAAGAUGUUUAAUGGGUUUGGGGAAAUGCAAGGACCAGUGCACUGUGGAUGAAAGAGAAAUACAGGAAUGCAAGAAGAGAAAAUGUUGUAUUGGACCAAAAAUAGUCCAACUGAUAAAAAAGUACCUGCAAUAUGAAAUACCCCAAAUACUUGGCGAAGAUGCCCAAGAAAUACUAAAAAUUGCCAAGAAUUCUAGUGGUAUUUUAGAAACAAAAUAUAUUUUAUCCAUUCUCCCCAAAGUCAAAAAUGCCAGCCCUUUGGACAACACCAAUUCUGUCAUCAACCCAAAUAUCACCUCUAUGAACACCACCACCAACAAUACCGUGACCCCAGGACAUAUCACAUAUAUUGCUACUUCUACCAAGAAUGACACCAAAAAAAGCAGAGAUUCUGUGACUGCCUCCCCGCCACCAGCACCACUUCCACCGUAGACACUGCCGAUACCACCACCGGAGCUGGAGGAAGCAGAUGAGCAGUGAAGUGGGUCUUUCCCUUAAAACACGAAGAUCUAUAUUCACUACCUAUAAAAUGAGACAUAGAACUGUUUCCUCUGUCAUCAUUCAAUAAAUACCGUUGAAACACC